CUUUCCCGGGCGGGAGGGCUGGGCGAGGCGAGCUCCGCCCGCCGCCGCGGGCCGGGGCAGCCCCGGCCUCUUUGGGAAACUUCUCGGCAAGUCGGCAUGGGGGCCGGCGCCGCGGCCUCUCUGCCGCUGCUGGCGGCGCUCGCCCUGCUGCUGGCCGGAGGCUCGCCCGCUCUGCCGGGAGCGGCCCGCGCCCAGCUCUCCGCAGGGGGAUGUACCUUCGAUGAUGGUCCAGGGCCCUGUGACUACCAUCAGGAUUUGUAUGAUGACUUCGACUGGGUACAUGUCAGUGCUCAAGAGCCUCACUAUUUGCCACCUGAGAUGCCUCAAGGGUCAUAUAUGAUAGUGAUUUCAUCGGACCAUGACCCUGGAGAAAAGACUCGUCUUCAGCUUCCAACAAUGAAAGAAAAUGAUACUCACUGUAUUGAUUUCAGUUACCUUCUGUAUAGCAAGAGUGGAGCAAACCCAGGAACUCUGAACAUCCUGGUUAGGGUGAACAAAGGGCCACUGGCUAAUCCCAUCUGGAAUGUCACUGGCUCCACUGGCAAAGACUGGCUUCGAGCAGAGCUGGCUGUUAGCACCUUCUGGCCCAAUGAGUAUCAGGUAAUAUUUGAAGCCGAAGUCUCAGAUGGGAGAAAUGGCUACAUUGCCAUUGAUGACAUCCAGGUUCUGAGUUACCCUUGUGAUAAAUCUCCACAUUUCUUGAGGCUGGGGGAUGUAGAGGUCAAUGCAGGGCAGAAUGCUACAUUUCAGUGCAUUGCUACAGGGAGAGAUGCAGUGAAUAACAAGUUAUGGCUCCAGAGAAGAAAUGGGGAAGACAUACCAGUUGCUCAGACUAAAAAUAUAAAUCACAGAAGAUUUGCUGCUACCUUUAAGUUGCAAGAGGUGACAAAAACUGACCAGGAUUUAUACCGUUGUGUAACUCAAUCAGAGAGAGGUUCUGGAGUGUCAAAUUUCGCUCAACUUAUUGUUCGAGAGCCUCCUCGACCAAUAGCACCUCCACAGUUGCUGGGCGUUGGACCAACAUAUUUGCUAAUUCAGCUCAAUGCAAAUUCAAUUAUUGGUGAUGGACCCAUUAUUCUGAAAGAAGUAGAGUACCGAAUGACAUCUGGGACCUGGACUGAAACCCAUGCUGUCAAUGCCCCAACCUACAAACUCUGGCAUUUGGAUCCGGAUACUGAAUAUGAGAUUCGUGUCUUGCUUACCAGACCAGGUGAAGGUGGCACUGGACAGCCAGGACCACCACUCAUCACCAGAACCAAGUGUGCAGAACCUAUGAGAACACCUAAAACUUUGAAGAUUGCUGAGAUUCAGGCCAGACACAUUGCGGUGGAUUGGGAAUCUCUGGGUUACAAUAUCACUCGUUGCCACACUUUCAAUGUCACGAUAUGCUACCAUUACUUCUGUGGACGCAACGAGAGCAAGGCAGACUGCUUGGACAUGGACCCCAAAGCACCCCAGCAUGUUGUGGAUCAUCUGCCUCCGUACACAAAUGUCAGCCUCAAAAUGAUCUUAACCAACCCAGAAGGGAGGAAGGAAAGUGAGGAGACCAUUAUCCAGACAGACGAAGAUGUUCCAGGACCUAUACCUGCCAAGUCAGUGAAAGGAACUCCUUUUGAAGAUAAGAUCUUCCUCAACUGGAAGGAACCUGUGGACCCAAAUGGCAUCAUCACUCAGUAUGAGGUGAGCUACAGCAGUAUACGGUCGUUCGAUCCUGCAGUUCCAGUGGCAGGGCCUCCUCAAACUGUGUCAAAACUGUGGAACAGCACACACCACGUGUUUUCACAUUUACAUCCUGGGACUACUUACCAGUUCUUUUUACGUGCAAGCACUGUCAAGGGGUUUGGGCCAGCAACCACAAUCAAUGUAACAACCAACAUUUCAGCUCCCACUUUACCGGACUAUGAAGGAGUUGAUGCGUCUCUCAAUGAAACUGCUACUACAAUAACUGUGCUUUUGAGACCAGCACAAGCCAAAGGUGCUCCUAUCAGUGCCUACCAGAUCGUUGUUGAGGAGCUGCACCCGCACCGAACGAAGCGAGAGACAGGUGCCAUGGAAUGCUACCAAAUCCCCAUCACCUACCAGACGGCUCUCAGUGGGGGAUCACCAUAUUACUUUGCUGCUGAGCUGCCCCCUGGAAACCUGCCAGAGCCUGCCCCUUUCACUGUGGGUGACAACAGGACCUACCAGGGUUUCUGGAAUCCACCACUGGCUCCUCGGAAAGGCUACAACAUCUAUUUCCAGGCCAUGAGCAGUGUUGAGAAGGAAACCAAAACUCAGUGUGUUCGAAUAGCUACCAAAGCAGCAGCAACAGAAGAACCUGAGGUGAUUCCAGAUCCAGCAAAGCAGACAGAUCGGGUGGUGAAAAUAGCAGGAAUAAGUGCUGGAAUUCUGGUAUUCAUCCUGCUUCUCCUUGUUGUCGUAUUAAUCGUAAAAAAAAGCAAACUUGCAAAGAAGCGUAAGGAUGCCAUGGGGACCACCCGCCAGGAGAUGACACACAUGGUGAAUGCAAUGGAUAGAAGUUACGCUGACCAGAGCACCUUGCAUGCAGAGGAUCCCCUUUCAAUCACAUUUAUGGACUCUCAUAACUUCAGCCCCAGAUAUGAAAAUCACAGCGCAACAGCAGAGUCCAGUCGCCUCCUGGAUGUCCCCCGUUACCUAUGUGAAGGCACAGAGUCCCCCUACCAGACGGGGCAGCUGCACCCUGCCAUCAGAGUGGCUGAUCUACUGCAGCACAUUAACCUGAUGAAGACUUCUGACAGCUAUGGAUUUAAAGAGGAGUAUGAGAGUUUCUUUGAGGGGCAGUCAGCUUCUUGGGAUGUCGCUAAGAAGGAUCAAAACAGAGCAAAGAAUCGCUAUGGAAACAUUAUAGCAUAUGACCACUCCAGGGUGAUUUUGCAACCUGUUGAAGAUGAUCCAUCUUCAGAUUACAUUAAUGCCAACUACAUAGAUAUUUGGCUGUACAGGGAUGGCUAUCAGAGACCAAGUCACUACAUUGCAACCCAAGGUCCCGUUCAUGAGACUGUGUAUGAUUUUUGGAGAAUGAUAUGGCAGGAGCAAUCGGCUUGUGUUGUGAUGGUCACAAAUUUAGUGGAAGUUGGAAGAGUCAAGUGUUACAAGUAUUGGCCUGAUGACACAGAAGUUUAUGGUGACUUCAAGGUGACUUGUGUAGAGAUGGAGCCCCUGGCAGAGUACGUGGUCAGGACCUUCACUCUUGGAAGGAGAGGCUACAAUGAAAUCCGUGAAGUCAAACAGUUUCAUUUCACUGGCUGGCCUGAUCAUGGAGUUCCUUACAAUGCUACAGGCCUGCUUUCAUUUAUACGAAGAGUCAAAUUAUCUAAUCCUCCUAGUGCAGGACCUAUUGUCGUCCACUGCAGUGCUGGUGCUGGACGCACAGGUUGCUAUAUUGUGAUUGAUAUCAUGCUAGACAUGGCAGAAAGAGAAGGCGUUGUGGAUAUCUACAACUGUGUCAAAGCAUUACGGUCCCGUCGCAUCAACAUGGUACAGACAGAGGAGCAGUACAUCUUUAUUCAUGAUGCCAUUCUAGAAGCUUGCCUGUGUGGGGAAACUGCCAUUCCUGUCUGUGAAUUCAAAGCUGCUUAUUUUGAUAUGAUUAGAAUAGACUCUCAGACAAACUCUUCACAUCUCAAAGAUGAGUUUCAGACCCUGAAUUCUGUUACCCCUCGCCUGCAAGCCGAGGACUGCAGCAUAGCUUGCUUGCCAAGGAACCAUGACAAGAACCGCUUCAUGGAUAUGCUGCCACCUGACAGAUGUCUGCCCUUCUUAAUUACUAUUGAUGGGGAGAGCAGCAACUACAUCAAUGCAGCUCUUAUGGAUAGCUACAGGCAGCCGGCAGCUUUUAUUGUCACGCAACAUCCUUUACCAAACACUGUGAAAGAUUUCUGGAGAUUAGUGUAUGACUACGGCUGUACUUCUCUUGUGAUGUUAAACGAGGUCGACUUAGCACAGGGCUGCCCACAAUACUGGCCUGAAGAAGGAAUACUGCGUUACGGUCCCAUUCAAGUGGAAUGCGUGUCUUGUUCAAUGGACUGCGAUGUAAUAAACCGAAUUUUCAGGAUAUGCAAUCUAACAAGACCACAAGAGGGCUAUCUAAUGGUGCAGCAAUUCCAGUAUUUGGGAUGGGCUUCUCACAGAGAUGUACCAGCCUCCAAGAGAUCCUUCUUGAAAUUAAUCCUCCAGGUUGAAAAAUGGCAGGAGGAAUGUGAAGAAGGGGAGGGCCGGACCAUCAUUCAUUGUCUAAAUGGUGGUGGCCGGAGUGGGAUGUUCUGUGCCAUUGGCAUUGUGGUUGAGAUGGUAAAAAGGCAGAAUGUGGUUGAUGUUUUCCAUGCUGUGAAGACUUUGAGGAACAGUAAACCCAACAUGGUAGAAACUCCGGAGCAGUAUCGCUUCUGCUAUGACGUUGCACUGGAGUAUCUGGAAUCCUCUUAGUUGGAAUGGAUGUGACAAAGUUCACCAAAUAUCUGAAUCUCAUUACGCUGUUUUGACAACAGUUCUUGAUCCUGUGAAGAAAGAUUUUAGGGGAAGAGGGGGGAGGGGGGAUUUUAAAUUUUAAAUGCAAAGUAUUUUUCUUAUGAAGUUGUGUAUCUUAAUAAAAGAAUUCAAUCUGUUUCUAUGCUUGUAUACAGUAUCAACAUUUAGUGCCACAUAAAUACUAUUUAAUGAAAACCAGAGUCAGAAGAGAUUUGCGCAAAUUAGGACUUUUCAGUGUUUGUAUAUGCAGCCGUCUCUCAAUUACAGUAGAGCAACCAUCUGUUGCAUGUAUCAAUAUUUCCUAUAUGGUAUUAAUUUUCUUUUUUUUUUUUUUUCCUUUUGAUACAUUGUUAAAGUACAAUAACAGUGCAGAUUGAUAGUAAGGUUCAUUCUUUAUACGUUUCAAGUGUUGCAUAUAUAUAUUAUAUAUAGUUAAAAAAAAAAAACUGGCUUAUUUUGUUUUAAUGUGCAAUGAUGGCU